AAUAAAUAAAAUAAAAUCUUGUUUUUUCAAUUUAUCAUUGCCUCCUCCUCCUCUUCCUCAAUCACAAAUAAAAUUCUCCAAUCUCGCUAUCUUCUCAAAUCAUCUAGGGCUCUUCUUCUUCGUUUUCUUCUCGUCCCUGGAGCCUAACAAACUCCAGGAACCCACCCAAUCUUGCCUCAAAUCACAAAAAGUUCGAUCGUGAACCGAUCUUCCCAGUUCUGCUACAUUAACGAUUUAAGAAUCGUAAUUUUUGAAAUUCGUUUGGGGAUAUUUCUGGUUUUAUUUGUCGAUCACGACUUGUUAAAGAACGCUAGUAGGGGUUUAUAAAAGACUAACUGAAGAUUUUGGAUUGAUGUGGGUAAAGCUAUAUUAGAUUAUGAACGGUCUUGGCUGUGGGAGUAGUAUCGAACAAGCUUCCCAAUCCAUGGAUCUUAAGCAGAUUGGAGAUAAUUCUACAGGUGUCUUUGAUGCAUCUCAGUAUGCUUUUUUUGGUAACCAUGUUGUUGAGGAGGUUGAGCUGGGUGGAUUGGAAGACGAAGAAGAGGAUUUACCCUUGCCUGGAUUAGAAGAUGAUUUUGCCUUUGAUAAGGAAGAGGCUGAAGUUUCUAGAACUCUUUUUGACGCUGAUGAUCUUGCUAGUACAUUUUCAAAGUUGAAUAGGACUCCUGAAAAAUAUAGGAGCACGGUACCCGUAGCUGGUAACGGUUCAAGACAGAAUUAUGUUGGUAAUGGGUGGAACCAUAGGGAGGAGUUGCCAAAUUGGUAUAACCUGCAAAGUUCAGACUCUGAGGCCAUCCAAGAUGACAUAAGGUGGCCUUUUCCUACUCCAAAUCUUGUUGAGCAAAGAAACCUGCAUAGAGCAACAUCAUAUCCUGAACCACAGCAUCAACAGCCCCCAUACCAGCAUCAACAACAAUUUUCCAGCGAACCGAUUCUUGUGCCAGAUCAGCAUGUAGGCCCUCAUAUGGGAUCGCCAUUUCCAAGUUCUCAUCCUCAGUUGGUUGGCAUGCAUCAUGAAUCACCGCAACUCACUGGAAACAUGCCUCAACUGCGACCUUCUCUUCUCGUGAACAAUCGCCCCUCCACUCAGUGGAUGAAUCGCCAAAAUAUGUUUCCUGGGGACAGUUCUGGGAUCAUGAACAAUAUGUUACCACAACAGCAGUUAUCUCAUCAAAACGGGUUGAUGCCGCAACAGCAGAAGAUACCUAAGAUGCAGGUUCCUCAGAGUAGGUUACCACAUCCGCUGCAGCCUCACAGGCAUUUUCCAGGAAUGCACCCUCAACCAUUUAAUUCCCACCUUUCUCGAUCAGCGUCCUCGGGCAGUUAUGAUGCAAUGCUUGGAAUGCAGCUUGUAGCUACACAUAGCAAUGAUCCUUAUGUAGAUGAUUAUUACCACCAGGGGCGUCUUGCUAAGAAAUCUGCUGGCGCCAAACUGAAGCACCAUUUCUGUCCGAAUCAUUUAAGAGACCUUCCAUCUCGCGCACGUUCUAACAAUGAGCCCCAUGCAUAUCUUCAGGUUGAUGCUCUUGGUAGAGUUCCUUUCUCUUCGAUCCGCAGGCCUCGACCUUUGCUUGAAAUGGAUCCUCCAAAUUCAGCUAAAUCUGGUAAUCUGGACCAGAAAGAUACAGACAAGCCCCUUGAACAAGAACCAAUGCUUGCAGCCAGGGUGAUUAUUGAAGAAGGUCUCUACCUCUUCCUCGAGGUAGAUGAUAUUGACCGGUUCUUAGAGUUCAAUCAACUCCCGGAUGGUGGAAACCAGUUGAGGCAAAAGCGGCAAGCUCUGUUGGAUGGGCUUGCAGUGUCACUGCAGCUUGUUGACCCACUUGGUAAAAACGGGCAAAACAGUGGGCUUGCAUCUCAGGAUCUUGUCUUUCUAAGGAUCACCUCCCUUCGAAAGGGUCGGAAGCUACUUACAAGGUACCUCCAGCUUCUUUACCCCGGCAGUGAUCUAAUGCGAAUCGUCUGCAUGGCUAUUUUUAGACACUUAAGGUCUUUGUUUGGAGUGAGAUCAUCAGAUGCCGAAACCACAAAAACAACAAUCAAACUUGGAAAAGUUGUCGCGUUAUGCAUUCACACCAUGGAUCUUGGACCCGUAAGCGCUUGUCUAGCAGCAGUUUCUUGUUCUUCCGAGCACCCACCACUUCGUCCUUUGGGUAGCCCUGUUGGAGACGAAUCUACUAUUAUACUGAAAACUGCACUCGAUAGAGCUUCCGAGCUCCUCAGUGCUAACAAUUACAACAACGCAGGCAUGAAUCUGUGGCGUGCUUCCUUUGAUGAGUUCUUUAACUUACUGAUGAAACACUGCAUAAGCAAGUACGACAGUAUAAUGCAGAACCUGAAUUCGCAAUUCUUACCACACUUUGCCACAGAGAUGUCUGACGCUGCUGCACAAGCUAUUGUCAGGGAAAUGCCUAUCGAGCUUCUACGUGCAAGUUUCCCGCACAUUAGUGAUGAGCAAAAGAGAAUACUUAUGGAAUUCUUGAAGCCUGGUAGCCAGAAAAUUGAAUCAGUUAUAGCUUGAUGAUAGUGGAUAAAAACUAUAAGUACAACAUGGAGCAGAAAUAGUUAGCAACUGAGAAAUAGUAUCCUACUUUUUCUUCCACUAGUGGUUCUUCUUUCUUUGAUUCUCUAUUUUUGUGUGACGACAUGGAUGAUGUAACCGAAGCAAGAGAAGUUAGGGUUGGAGUGUACAGAGAAGAUCUGAAGCUUGUUUUUAUCUAUAAGAUAGGCAAUGAAGAUGACAGUUACUACUUUGUAUGCAUGUUAUCUCACAAAAGGUUUCGAUUUUUUACUCGGAAUCAAAAUUCACUUGUGUUUUGAGUGUUUCUCUUUUGUUAUUCAACUGGUUCCUAAACGAUAUAGGGUAUAAUAAAUGUUUUGCUAUGAGUGUUGUCUU